AUGCCACACAUAUAUGCAUUAAAUAGAGCAUUUAAGCACAAGAAUAGAUUGAAUUUUGGUAAUAUUGGCCUAAGAAGAUUAAAUAAUCCAUCAUUAUUACAAUGUCAUAAUCAAAAUGCACAAUUAGACAAACAAAGUAGUGAACAGGAAAUAUCUUCUACUGUACAAUGCAGAACUAGGGCUUUUAAAACUUUAAAACAUCUAUUUGAUAUAACAACUCUAACUACUGAACAAGAAGAGUUAAAUAGUCAAAAAUUGCUAUUUGGUAUACAAAAACCUAACUUUGUCUCACAAAAAAAUAUUCUUUACCAAACUAAUAUUGAAAAUCUUAAACAAUUAAAUAAAAAUAACUCUAAAAUUUCAGAUAAUGAAUUAUACAAAAAACAAUUAAGGGCUAGAAUAUCAAUAUUAGCUCCUCAAUGUACACCAAAACAAAUUGGAAUAAUUUUAUCGAAAUUUUUCCAAUCUAACAUUGAAAAACUAUUGUUGAAUGAACUGGAAUUUUUAAAUAAAUUGAUUAUAGAGUCUGGUAUGAAAUUGAACGAUACAAUCCUGCAUAACUUAUGUUUGGGGAAUGCUACGACUAGCACUGACAAUACAUUAACAUCUCUAAUUGUGAAGAUUUCCAAAUUUAUUUCAUCCAAACAUCCUAAUAUAACCCAAUUAAAUAUUAAUCAAAUUUAUUACAAUUAG